GCGGCGCCUUCGCCUUCGUGUACCCGGCUUCUCUCCUAAGCCAGCUCCGGGCAACUCCUUUUGCCGGAGUCCGACUUUGGAUUAGAGCUGGCAAAAAUGCCCACCUACAAGAUCAGAGGAAUCGAUGUUGAUUUCCCCUUUGAGGCUUACGAUUGUCAGAUCCUUUACAUGGAGAAAGUUAUCCAGUCUCUUCAAAAUAAAUGCCAUGCGCUUUUAGAGAGUCCUACUGGAACUGGUAAAACUUUGUGUCUUCUGUGUGCCACCUUAGCCUGGAGAAAGAGUCUGGGGAGUUUCUCAACAGUUAAGAAUCGGAAGAAGAACGAUUGGAGUGACGCAGAUGAGCAAAUGUCACAAUCUGGAGGAGGAGGAGGCCUCCCUGCUAUCGUAUACACGUCACGUACUCACAGUCAGCUUCGUCAAGUGAUCAAAGAGUUAAGACGAAGCAGCUACAGGCCCAAAAUGGUGGUCUUAGGUUCACGGGAGCAAAUGUGUGUUAAUGAGGAAGUGAGAUCACUCCGGGGAAAGGCACUGGCAAAUGCUUGUCAGUACCUUUGCAGAAAACGCGGGAACCGCCAGUGUGAACAUUUCAACCGUGUUCCAGAUUAUUUGAAGCAUAAUUCUCAUCUUGGCGAAGAACCAAUUGACAUAGAGGAUUUGAUCAAUAUUGGAAAAGAAUCUGGGCCAUGCCCGUAUUAUGUUACAAGAGAGCUUCAGAAGGAUGUGGACAUUUUAUUCGCACCUUACAACUACUUGAUUGACCAUGGAUAUAGGAAGUAUUUGAAGAUUAACUGGAACAAUAGUAUCUUGAUCUUUGAUGAAGCUCACAAUCUAGAAAGUUUAUGCGCAGAUGCAGCCUCUUUUGAUUUUCCAUCCGCGCAUUUAUCUGCGUGCAUUUCUGAAGCACAGGAGUGUGUGGAACUUGCUGCAGCAAGAAGGGAUUCAUACAAUGACGUCUCUGUGAAGCCUGAGAAUUUUGCUAUACUUAAAGGGAUUUUCCUGAAGCUGCAGGAACUGAUCUCUAAGUUGCCAAUUAAGAAACGGGAUGAGGGAUUUACCAAGCCAGGCCCCUACAUAUAUGAAAUGCUUGAAGGCCUUAAUAUCACUCACAAAACUGCUCCUAAACUCAUUGCUACCCUUGAGGAGGCUGUGGUGCUCCUUGAGGAGGAGAAACAGCGAAAGGCAAAAUCCAAUGCUGGAAGCAGGCUAGAAACCUUUGCUGAGAUUCUUAAACUGAUCUUUAGAGCGGAUGGGGGUGACCAUGCAGAUUUUUACCGUGUUCAUGUACAGGAACUCGAACCAAAUGCCACUGAUAUGGUGAAAGGCAAGGUUUCAAGAACUUUUAGCUGGUGGUGUUUCAAUCCCGGAAUUGCCAUGCAGGAGAUGGCUAACAAAGGUGUUGGGUCUAUUAUUUUGACAUCGGGCACCUUAUCUCCCAUGGAUUCGUUGGCUCAAGAACUGAAACUGGACUUUCCUGUUCGGUUGGAAAACCCCCAUGUCAUAUCCUCAAAUCAGUUAUGGGCUGGAGUCGUACGUACUGGCCCGUCAGGGUGUGUUCUUAAUUCUAACUACCAGAAUCGUGAUUCUCUAGAAUAUAAACAAGAACUUGGGAAUGCUAUUGUUAACUUUGCUCGAAUUGUGCCUGAUGGACUGCUGGUGUUUUUUCCUUCUUACUACCUCAUGGACAAGUGCAUUGCAUGUUGGAAAGAUACGAGUCAUGGAAAUGCAAUGACGAUAUGGGAAAGAAUAUGCAUACGCAAAAAACCUGUUAUUGAACCUAAAGAUUCUUCUCUCUUUCCAUCGGCAAUGCAGGAUUUUGUGGCAAAAUUGCGAGAUACUUCAACAUCUGGUGCAAUAUUUUUUGCUGUUUGUCGGGGGAAGGUCAGCGAAGGACUGGAUUUUACUGACCAUGCUGGCAGAGCAGUUGUGAUUACUGGUUUGCCAUACGCCAGGAUUAUUGAUCCUAAGGUCAAACUGAAACGCGAGUUUUUGGAUCAACAGUUGCAGUCACAGAGGGUAGAUGGCAAGGCUCCAAAAUCAAGUCCUCUAUCUGGAGACUUGUGGUACAGUCAAGAAGCCGCACGGGCUGUGAAUCAGGCAAUUGGACGUGUAAUCCGCCAUCGCCAUGAUUAUGGAGCAAUCAUCUUUUGUGAUGCCAGGUUUGAGCAUCCCUCCCGGCAGUCCCAGAUAUCACAUUGGAUACGCCCUAUGGUUAAGUGCUACUCUAGAUAUGGAGAGGUCAUUUCUGAUCUUGUUCAGUUUUUCCGGAGUGAAAGAUCAAGUUUUCCUGCAAUGCUCGUCUCGGAACAAGACAACAGUAUAGGUAAUGUUAAUGUAAAAGAAGUAAGUCCUGCACGAACUGGAUUUAACAGACUGGAAGGACUUCUCCCUGCAAAUCGUGCGUUUCCCUCCCAGGAUGACAUACCAAAUACUAUUAAAUGGAAAGGCUUGAGCAUCCUCCCGCGAACUGACAAGAUACCUCGGGUUGUUGAGAGAAAAGAUAUGUUGUCUUGUUGUUCAAAGAAGACUAAAUUAGCAGAAUUAUAUGAUGAGGUUGAGAAGCCGAGCGAAGUUAUCGAUCUAGAAUCUGACAAUAGUCAGAAGAGAAGUUCUGGAGCCAGCAAUUCUUCAUCAAGCAGCUGUUUCAACACAGUGGGACUUAUAAGAAAGCGGAAGGUUCCAGACAAUUUGGAAGAUAAAAGUUUCAGAAAGAAUCAAGAAAAGCUGUCAUGCUCAUUGCAGAAAGCAAAUGAGACUGGAACUUGCGAUGAAAAAGAAGCAAGUGCAUCUGCAUAUUUGAGUCAAGCCCAAGAAAAACUCGAUACAGCCGAGUAUAAGAAGUUCAUUGGAUAUAUGCAAGCACUGAAGAACAAGGAGAUAAAACUAGUGGAUGUGAUGCAAUCCGUCGUGCAAUUGUUCUCCGGGCCAGAUAGAUACCCUCUUCUCAUGAGAUUCAAGGACUUUGUGCCGGUGAAGUAUCGUUCUCUGUAUGAACAAUGCAUCGAACAGAGAAAAGACUGACUUGGAGGAUUCCAGGAACCAGCCUUUACUGUGAGAGCCCUAAACAAGCAUGUCUUGAUCCUGAGACAGCUGAUGAUGCUUCACGACUUUUGCCGAUCCAACAUCCAGGGCGAUCUGAUGCUACACACUCUUACCAGCAGCAAGAACGAUCCAUACUUAAUCUUCGUGGUGAAUAGCUAAUGCUAUGAAAUUGACAUUUUAAUUUGUUGUUCCUUGCUGCGGUGGGUGAGCGUUUUGGGAAGAGAGGAUAUGCUUCCUCAAUGCUUUUGUUGGCUUGUUUCAGUCUUCCUUUUAAUACAUUUUCUGCAUUUAA